UCUCGAGAGCGGUGAAGAAACGGCUGCACACUGGAGAGCUCAAACAGAAAGCUCCAAUGGAUAAAAAUGGCCGCUCCCUCUCUGAACAUCUCUUCUUCUCCCCAGGCCAAACCCUAGAUAAUCUUUGAUCAUUCGGUGUUCAGCUCGCCUCAAUGCCGAUCACUUCAUUCUCCGUCCUCCGCCACCGUGCCGCCGCCUCUCUGCUCCAGCUCCGCCACUUCUCCGGCCCUCUCUGUGCCGCCAGGCACCAGAAUCCUAGCAGAAUCUCCAGGAAGCACCAGCAGCAGCAGCCGAGCAAGAACUUGCUCAGAGCGAAGCAGCUGAUCGUCAAGGAGUACUCCUCCCUAGCGCCGAUCCUCUCUCCCGACGAUGCCCCCUCCCUCUCGGAAUCCCAGGCGAUCGGCAUGGUGGCCGCAGCUCAGGCCAACUUCAUGCGCGUGAUCGUGCAGUCAUUUCCGCCCGAAGCAACUCCUUCUGGAAGCUCCGGGAACAGUGCGUAUGGUUCUGGAGUCGGAGUAGAGCUGCUGUGCGUGGUGAAGGCGGUGCUGAAGAAGAUUAAGCGGAGGGUUCUGGUUGGGGACAGAGUGGUGGUAGGGAGCAUUGAUUGGGUAGACCGCAGGGGUUGGAUCGAGAAUGUGUUUCAGCGGAAGACGGAGAUUGUCGACCCUCCCGUGGCCAAUGUGGACCACUUGCUCGUGCUUUUCUCGAUGGAGCAGCCCAAGCUGGAGCCAUUUUUGCUCACCAGGUUCUUAGUGGAGGCCGAAUCGACUGGGAUACCGCUUACUCUUGCUUUGAAUAAAGCAGAGCUGGCAGAUGAAGAGGCAUUGGUUACAUGGAAGUCGAGGUUGCGAAGUUGGGGCUAUGAGCCAAUCUUCUGCAGUGUGGAAUCUAAACUUGGGCUGGACACCCUUGCUUUUAGUCUGAGAGAUCAAACAACUGUUAUUGUCGGUCCAAGUGGAGUUGGAAAAUCGAGUCUGAUUAAUGCUUUGAGAAGCGAUUACCACCCCCGUGAUGUAGCAGCUGAGGAUAAUUGGUUUGAGCCUAUUUUAGGUAGCAAAUGGUUUGAAGAUCAAAGGGUAGGGGAAGUGUCGGCAAGAAGCGGCAGAGGAAAGCACACUACUCGCAAUGUUUCUUUACUACCAGUAGCUGGAGGGGGCUAUCUUGCAGACACUCCCGGGUUUAACCAGCCUAGCCUAUUAAAAGUUACUAAGCAAUCUCUUGCAGAAGCUUUCCCUGAGUUCAGAAGGGUUCUCAAAGCCAGCGACUCAGCUAACUGCGCAUUCAGUAACUGCUUGCAUGUCGGCGAACCUGGGUGUGUGCUGGAUGGGAAUAUGUUUGAAAGAUAUCCUUACUACUUCCAGCUACUUGAUGAAAUCAAAAUCAGAGAAGAAUUUCAGUUUAGGACAUUUGGAACCAAAAGAGAGGGCGAUGUCAGGUACAAGGUAGGUGACAUGGGCGUCCAACAGGCCGAACCACGGUUGGAGCCGAAGAAGCACAGAAGGAAGUCGCGUAAGACGAUCAACCAAUCGAUAAUGGACGAGUUGGACGAGCUGGAUGAUGACGAAAACUUGCUGGACGAGGAGAGUGAUCCCGUACUGCGGGCACUAAGAAACGAAACCCAGUAACCCGUGCCUAGCCUUUAUAGUUUAAGUUACCUGAUGACGCGGCGAAUUGUAAAUAUCCUCUCACGGGAUCUGCUUGAAGGUUCUUUCCCGGAUCUUUCUGUGCAAAUUGGAGCGCACUUUUCAAAAUCUAAUCGGAAGCAAAUCAGAUCUGUGAUCUCGACUUGAACUCGAAUGCGAUGGUCAAGCUUUUGUGUGAG